AUGGUUUCUUCUCAGUCUUCCUCCGCAUCUUCUCGCUCUGGCUCGCCAGACACCCGUGGAACAACUCCCUCCACCAGCUCUGAGUCUUUGCAUUUGAGGGAAACUUAUGCUGCUAUCUCGAUUUCUCAGUGCACUCCCGGCAUUGUGCAACUGGUCUUCGAUAAGCAUGCGUCUUGCAACCGAUUAGGCCUGUUGGUUGGCGAGAAUCCCUUUUCAAGGGAAGAGUCUUCGUCUGUGCAUCACCUCCCUGAUGGUUCGACAUACGCCAUUUCAUGCACAUAUCAGCGCUUCACUUGCCCGAAGCCAGUCGUUAGCACAGAUCCCGUGGAAGCUUUUCGUCAUACUCUUUUUUCUUCCAUCUCUCUUCGGUCCAUUUUUUCUACUCAUGUUAGCGACGAGAUCACCUUGUACAUCCUUGAGAGACCCCCGUUCGUCUACCCACCCCUUAGACAUACGAUUGCUAGCAGCCUUGCAGUCUCUGCCGAUGGAACCUCGGGCAACAUCCCUACUCUCGAAGACUGGAAGACACUAUGGGCGAAUUGGGAUCUUAUCACUCUCGAGAUGAUCCCUCCCUCUAUGCUCCACCAGAAGCCUAUUGACUUAAGACAUAAAUGUCUUUUCUAUAUAGGUCACAUUCCAACAUUCUUGGAUAUGCUCAUUUCCAAGUCCAUCGGUGGUCAACCCACUGAACCAAAGUACUUCUGGAACAUCUUUGAGAGAGGCAUCGACCCUCACGUUGACGAUCCUGAUCAUUGUCACAAUCAUUCAGAAGUUCCAGAGAAAGAUGAAGAUUGGCCUACACUCGAAGCUAUCAUAGGGUUCCGCAAUGGGGUCCGUGCCCGCCUCGAAUGCCUUUAUGACGAUCUCGCCACCGGCAAGCGUACGCUCACGCGUAACAUUGCAAGAACUUUGGUCAUGACAUACGAGCAUGAAGGUUUUCAUGUAGAAACACUCUUGUACAUGCUUAUUCAACGAGCGUGCAGUGGUACCCUCCCUCCGCCAGGUUUUACAGUUCCGCUUUGGGAAGAGCUUGCAGAGCAAUGGGCCUCUUUACCUACACCUAGCACCUCUACCGUCGUGGUGGAACCUGCAAAUCUGAUCUUGGGUCAUAACGACUCUGAAGGGGACGACAAACUUCCUCAUCUAUCAGAAAGUACUGUUCAAGGUCACACUUUUGGGUGGGAUAACGAGAGCCCUGCUCGCCAGGUGCAUGUGGAAGCUUUCAAAGCUGAGUGGCGCCCAGUGACAAAUGGAGAGUUUGAACGCUUUUGGAGAGGACCCGGGAAAAACCUUGUUCAGGUACCCAAAAGUUGGGUUGUAGAUGAACAGGGUGCUGUCCAGGUGCUCACCAUGUACGGUCUCGUUACCAUGCAAGUUGCAGAACACUGGCCAGUGCUUACCUCGUAUGAUGACCUUGAGGCAUACGCCAAAUUUAAAGGUGGCAGACUUCCUACUGAGCCUGAGUUGAGGCUCUUCCUAGACCUUUACGAUGUCGGCCACGAAGGUGGGGCCAAUGUAGGCUUCCGAAACUGGCAUCCUGUCCCGGCGACCACGGGACUAGCAGAGUAUGCCGGUAAAGGCUCAAAUGGUGGAAUCUGGGAAUGGACUAGCACAGCAUUUGACACUCACGAUGGACUCGUACCAACACAGCUCUUCACUGGAUAUUCAACCGAUUUCUUCGAUGGAAAACAUCAGGUUGCGCGCAACGCGAAAGCAAUAGAUUAA